AACUUGCAGCUGAGGAUUCUUGCUCAAGAGCCCAUCAGCAGGGUGAACAGUACCCGGCUACAUCAGAGACGGAUUUCAACCCGGGCUGUCCCGUUUGGAGGACGGUGUUCCUCACGCCACAGCCGCUGCUGUGUAGCUGUGAGCUUCCUCGGUUGGGAAUAAAGAGGAGGAGGAAGAGGAGGAAGGGUGGGGAAUCCGGCGCUUCAGGACGGCUGAGUCCUCUUGCGAUGCAUGGAGGCUGCUUGGAAAUGCUCCCCGGGUCUCCGGAGCGCAUGAGGCGGUUCCAGCCGAGCAACGGGCCGCAGCACAGAGGGGAUCCGGCCGCUUAUCUCUGCCAGGCUGCCACACCAUAGGUUCAGCUACAGGAUUCGGUAAACCACGAAGGAGCGGAGGCAUAUUCGCCGACAGCGCCGUGAUCUGGGAGCCUAAAGGCAUCACUUCACACCCCUGCGUCGCAGCGGUUGCUGGAUAACGGUGUAAGCUGUCGGGUGGCAUCUAUGCAAUUUUUUCUCGACUUUUCAUUGUAUUAUGAACACAGAGGAGGGAGAGGCGGGUGCAGCUUGCGGGGAGGCGAGGGGAGGCACCGGCAUCACCUACCGCCACACCUGGGAUGAAGGCGAGCCGCUGGGUUGCCAAGGACGUCGGCACCCCGAGGAUGAGGACGAGGCAGCGGCGCAGGGAGAGGACGGAGAGGGCUGCCUGGAGGGCCGGGGCUGCAGAGAAGCAGGUGAGAGGAGCAACGGGGGGACUUUUUCCAGUGAGGAAGGAGCGGUCGGGGGAACAUCGUGCAAGGAGCAGGCGAUGCAUUCAAACAGCAGCAGCGAAACCUGCAUCCCCACUCCCAGCUGCCGGAUCUGCUUCCAAGGCGCAGAGCAGGGCGACCUGUUGAACCCGUGUCGGUGUGACGGUUCUGUGCGUUACACCCACCAGCACUGCCUGCUGAAGUGGAUCAGUGAGCGCGGCUGCUGGACCUGCGAGCUCUGCUGCUAUCGCUUCCACGUCAUCGCCAUCAACUUGAAGACGCCUCGGCAGUGGCAGUCCAUCACCAUCACCCUGGUGGAGAAGGUGCAGAUCAUCGCCGUGUUUCUGGGCUCUCUCUUCCUGGUGUCCAGCAUCUCCUGGCUGCUGUGGUCCACUCUGAGCCCGCAGGCCAUCUGGCAGCGCCGCGACCUCCUCUUCCAGAUCUGCUACGGCAUGUACGGCUUCAUGGACCUGGUCUGCUUAGGUUUGAUUGUCCACGAGGGGGCGGCGGUGUACAACGUAUUCAUGCGCUGGCGAGCCGUCAACCUCCACUGGGAUCUUAAGAGCUACGAUAAAGCAAAAGACAUGGAGGAGACGAGCAAUGGCCAUUCCUCAUUGGUCCCCAGGACACUUUGGUUGCCUCUGGCUACCUUUGGGCCCAAUGGCCACCUACACUCCACCCAGCUGGGGCCGCAGCCAUGGACCUGCCUCUGUUUGGCCCCCUUCUGCCCUGGCCUGGUGCCCCGAAACAACCUCAGCCAGGACAGUGACUCAGGAGAGGUUGUCAUUCGUGUGACAUCGGUGUAACACCAGGCAGUAUUUAUGCAGGAACAAGCAUCUGAUGGUUUUCACUUGGUGGUAACAAUGAGCUUCUCUGGGCAGUUUAUAUUACACAAUUUGUUGACUUUUUUUUGCAGUUUUUCCAAAUGUUUUCCGAAUGAAUUGUUUGUCUGCUCUGGGGCGGGUCCUCAAAACAAUCUCAACAGUUAAAUGAACUCAUGUGGGGUGUCAUUGCCUUUGUGUUUAAUUCUUAGAAGAAAAAACAACAGUCAACAGUCACCUCUAGCCUUUCUUUUUCCAAACCCUUGUGCAGUAUUCAAGUCUCGUGGGAUAGAAGGUAGUGAUGAGAAAGAUGAUUAGAUUUACAACUUGUGACCAUUUACAUCCUCACACAUUCAUGAUGGUAAGGUUAAUAGAUACUGUACAUGGUCAACAUAGCACUAUAUACCUUAAAUGUGGCUUUUUUUCCUAUUGAAUGAUGGGCUUUGGCUGAUUUGAGGCAUCCAUGCUUGUUUGCUUUUUGAGACACUUUGCAUUGUUUGGCAACAGGUGGAAUAUGUGAAAGCUUUGUGACACAAUCAGUUUCCCAGUGGUAAUUAUGACUGGGAUAUUGAUGUGAACAAGUAUUUACAGAAGUUGCCACAUGACAUAAACGCAGUAAAAUAAUGAAUGAAACUUUA